AUGGAGCUGGAGAAGACGAUGCAGGUGAAAUGGCGAACCAAAACGCAAACUAACCGAGUAUCUGGGAAGCUCGGUGAGAUUCGCGAGAGAGACGAGGAGGAGAAAGACGACGAAUUGGUGUGCGAACACCGUCUGCCAGUCAUGAUCAUGAGGUGCCGCGUUACCAUCGCAAAGCUGCAGGCGUCGCCGCGUCGCCGGUGGCAAGCGCGCAGACAUACAGUUUCCUCAUUUGGGAUCAAGCAGCAUUACGUCAGGAUCCAUGCCGUGUCCGUUCUGCAGUGA